AUGGUUCACGUGAAGCCUUUCGCUCUCGACAACUGGGUUCGCCAGUUCAAACCUUUGGCCAGCGCAAGUCUUCACGAUACAUGUGUGGAUCCAUUAUCAGUGCAAGAAUUGUCGCAAUUCCAGGCCUCGGACGCGUUCACCAGUCCCAUCAAUGCAUCCAAUGCUUUGGUAUAUGGUUCAGUUCUGGGCACUUCCGGUCUUCGAGAGAAGAUCCUCUCCAUAUAUGUCAAUGACGUGACCGAUUCCACGAGACAAUUAUCUCUUGCUGUCACGCAGGGCGCUAUUUCAGCCAAUUUCUUGGUCCUGGAUACACUUGUAGGCCCAGGGGAUCAUGUUAUCUGUCAGUAUCCUACAUAUCAACAGCUAUACGACGUACCUCGCCGAGCCGGUGCCGAGGUAUCGCUCUGGCGCACUUGUGCAGAGAAAGGAUGGAUCCCUGAUCCAAGCGAGCUCCCGUCCCUGGUCCGGGAGAAUACCAAGAUGAUAAUACUCAACAAUCCUAACAACCCGACCGGUGCAUCAAUCCCAUCUCAGGUCCUAGAGGACAUCAUCUCCUUCGCCGAAAAGCGAGACAUAAUAAUCCUCAGCGACGAGGUUUUCCGCCCUCUCUUCCACCGUGAAACAGACAUGCCACCUUCAAUCAUCUCCUUUGCGGGACGGUAUAAGAAAAUCAUCGCCGUAUCCAGCCUCUCGAAGGCCUACUCACUUCCCGGUAUUCGAGUUGGGUGGGUUAUUUCACCUAGCACAGAUCUAGUACACCAGGUCACCCUGGCCAGGGACUAUACCACCAUUUCCGUCUCACAAGUAGAUCAAGACAUCGCGGCCUACGCGCUCGAUGCGCACGUGCGACAAAAGAUCCUUCAGCGAUCACUGGCUAUAUGUGAGCGCAACCUUUUGACUCUAGAGAAAUUCAUCGCUGCCCAUGCCGACCGCUUGCGUUGGGAGAAGCCGAGUGGUGCAUCGGCGGCAUUUGUACAGGUGGUAAAUCCCGAGAGUGAUGUGCCGGUUGAUGACAAGGACUACUGUGAGGGGCUUAUUCGAGAAACGGGAUUGUUGAUUGUGCCAGGGGGUGAGACAUUCGGGACGGAAGAUGGGAUGGACUUUAAGGGAUAUUUGAGGGUUGGGUUUGUUUGUUCUCCUGAGAAGUUUGAAGCAGCGUUGGCUAUUUGGGACGGAUAUCUGAAUCGGGAUUAG